AUGGAUUUCCACCACGUUGGAUGGUCGCAUGGGUUACAGCUGGGAGCUGCCUGGGUUCCUUGGCAGGUCAAUCCUGAGACCGCCCUGGGGGAGGGCAACGUGUCUGGUCGAACCAUUGGAACUGCUGCGAGUCGAAGGAGAGCUUCCUUAACAAAGUCCAUCUCGGUCUUGGUGGCCAAGACACAAACUGGUGGCUACAAGUUGGAGGUUGAUCCUCUAAUGCCCUUGGUGAUAUCUUCUGGUGUGGUUCUGGCUGCCUGUGCUGGAAUGGUCAACGCCAUCGCCUUCGAGACUUCUGAGACUUUAGUUAGCCACGUAACUGGCGCCGUUUCGAAGGUGUCGCUUCAUACAGUGGGAGAGCACGCCCAUGCAGGCAAGAUGGUUCUGCUGGUGAGUUUCUUCCUCUUGGGCAGCAUGAUCUCCGGUUGUAUCAUCAAGCGGACCGCCGUGAAGAUGGCCUACAUGGGCUAUGGGGUGGCGAUGACGGCUUCAGCUUUGCUUCUAAUCAGCUCUCUACUGGUCUUCAAGGCAUCUGAAGACGCAGCCGUCUACAUCCUCUGUGCCUGUGGCUUGCAGAAUGGCAUCAUGUCCUCCUACACGGGUUCGGUCAUCCGGACCACACACAUGACGGGCAUCGUGACCGAUGUGGGACUCAUUACUGGGAGGCACUUGGUGUCCUGCUUCAAACGAAAAUGUUGUCACAAGAUUCCAUUUGCAGAUGAAGAGCCAGGAGAGACCAGGAAGCUGAUUCUGCUCCUGCUGCUUCUCCUGAGUUUCCUGCUAGGAGUUGCUGCUGGCAGCGGUCUAGCACGAGCGCUCCAUGAGCUUAGCCUGCUGGUCCCAGCCGCCAUUGCGCUGAUGGCAGGGACGAGCUACAUGCUUUGGACCUAUCUCAGGGACGACAUCCAGGACGAGGUGAAGAUUCUGCAGUUCCUCCGUCGCGCUUGGAAGCAUAAAAAGUAG